GACUUAAUCUUGUUAUGCUACCAUGGAUAUGCUAGGGGCUGAGGAAAAGCGAUGGCUUGUGGUUGGAAUUUGCCUUUCAAAAGUUCUUACACCUGCAAUGAGGAGUGUCAUUAGGCAAGAAAUGCAUCAGUUGUAUCAGAACAUGGUUCUUGCACCAACAUGUAUUCAUUCACAAACAUUGUCUUCUCAUCAUAGAAGCCUUCCACCUUCUACUGUGCGCCUUAAUUAUGCGAACAUCAACAACAACACAACACAACCAUCUCGUCACAGCUAUGAUUACUGUGUUAAAGAUGAACUGUCAUUAGCAAAACUGUUUGUGAAGCCAUACCUGUCGGGUUUCACAGGUUUUGAUGAAACAUUGGAUUUAUCUGCAGCACUCUCUAUUUUAUGUGUAGCACCAAACUUUGUAUGUUCUGGAAUUGACAUUAUCGCAAGUAAUGUACGUGAUUGGGUUCGUAAUGAAUGGGGACAUUAUAAGUUUGCAACUUGGACUGAAGCUUAUUUCCAGAACUGUUUUCAGCUUAUGGAAAAAUUGAUCUCAAAACUGAACCUAUCGGAAGAAUCAGAAGAAGCUGUUUUGAAGGACUUGCAAGAGUGGAGAAACAGAGGGAUGGACAUGUGUUUCGGACAACAGAUCAUCAGUGACGUGUUAAAGCUUGUUCAAGAUGAAAUGGCAGUAUUAUCUACAUCUGUUGACGAAAAUAAAGAAUCCUGGAAACAAGGCCACGAGGGUCUGAUGAAUACCCUUCACAAUUUGAGAGAGCGAUUUGCAGACGACUUCAGUAAACUUGAAGCGAAACAUGCUGCUUUGGAGAGUGGUCUUAUCUCCGUUAAAGAAGAUCACUUGAAACUGAAAGAAGUAGGAGUCAGUUUGUCACGAGGAAUAGACAAACUGGAUUCAAAAGAGGAGACUGUCCCUCCCGACAAGUCUGCGAGCGGUAAUUAG